GGCACAAUAGUGCUUAUAUGAACAUGUAGCUUGAUAUGUUAAUUUGACUUUUCAAUUGUACAUUAAAGCACAAUGGUGUCAAUUGGGAAUUUAUUUUUUUUUAUUGUUGUGAUGGAUUUGGUUGGUUAGCUUAAGGUGAAAACCACGUUGUUGUGUUUGGAGAAAUAAAUAAACUUUAAGGUGUGGGCAUAUGGCAUUCUUAUUAUACAUUAAGGUAUAAUAAUGCCAAUAUGUAAAUCAAACUUAUUGGUAUAUGGUGUAUACCUACUUUGCCAUCGAAAGUAUAAUAUGGUUUAAAAUAGAUAUUUAAUAUACUUCUCAUGGCAUUCAUAUUAUGCAAUAAAGGUACAAUGGUGCUUAUGUGAACAUAUAACUUGAUAUGUUAAUUUGACAUUCCGAUAGUACAUUAAGGUAUAAUGGUGUCAAUUGAGAAUUCCUUUUUUAUGUUGUCGUGAUGGAUUUGGUUGGUUAGCUUAAGGUGAGAACUAUUUUGUGGUGUUUGGAGAAAUAAAGAAAUUGUAAGGAAUGGGCAUGUGCCAUUUUCAUUAUACAUUAAGGUAUAAUAGCGUCAAUAUGUAAAUCCAGCAUCUUGGUAUAUGGUGCAUUCCUAUGGAGAAUUCCUUUUACGAAGUUGGAGGCAUGAAGCUGCAGGCUCUAUGUUUAAUUGUACAUAGCUUAAUGGAGGCAUUUUAUGUUUAAUUGUUCUUAGCUUAAUGUAAAGAUGUCUUCUGUGAACAAACUCACAGGUAGAGAUGCACAAUACAGGUUCACGCAUUUCAUAUAUGUUCUCCCAUUUUUAAUUAAUGUUUUCAAGCACAAAUGCAUUUUUUCUCUUUGCAUUCUUCUAUUUUGCAUCUCUCAUCACAAGAUGUUUUGGACUACCACCACUUUCAUUGUUUUAUAUAUUUAUUUUUGGCACAAACCUUUGGUCUUUUAGGAAAAUACUGUUCAUCCCAACACUUUUGUCUCACUUAGUUUAUUGAUUUAGCUGUAAUAUCUAAUCUAUGAAUUAGUUGAGUUACCGUACCAUGUCAGGUAGACUCCACCUUUGAAUUUGUCCAAUAACUACUUGCCGUGUCAAGGAGUACAAAUAUUUGGGAGAAAAAUAACGGGGCAAGUAGCAUGACUUGGUCUUUUAUAUCUCUGUGGUUGUCACUCAGCUGGUUGAAAUUGUUUUAAGUUGUUCGGGUACAUUCAUUUUCAAAUGAAGAUUUGGAGUUUUAUUUUGCUUUAUUAUAUAAAAUUGUAAGUUUUAUACACAAAUACAAGGUAAACUGUUAAGGGAAGCUUGCUUUCUUUAAAAUAACUUUUUUUCUUUUUGCCAUUUAAUUUUUUUUUUAAAACAAAGUGAGCCUAAAAUAAAAUAACUUUGUUUGAGCUCAACAUUUAAGCUCAAGUCAAGUUGCUUGAUAAACUUAAAACAAGUGUGAGCAGCCUACGGUGCUUGGUUAAGAUCUGCUCAUUUACCGUCUUGAGUGCAAACUUGAGGAAUGUGUAGAGCUUGUUUCAAUUGACAUUGUAGCAAAUCAAUUAUUUUUCUCGCUGUAUUUGAGUUCUACAAGUUCUUUGAUCCUAUCCCAAUCGAAAAUGAUGUACUAACAUGACUUCUAUGUGCAGGAAGAUGAAACAAUUAGAAAAAAACAGGCUUUCUUUGCUUUAGAAGAUUGCCUGGAUUCUAAAUUUUGACGGCCAAAAUACUUCCUCACUCUUUGAGUAAACAUCAGACUUUUAUUCAAAGCCACAGAUGGAGGGGUCCCUGAGAUUUUUAAGGCACGAUAAACUCUGCCGAUCAGGUCCAAAUCUCUCCUUGCUCACAGCAUAAACCGAAGGAAAAUGCCUCAAGCUCUUCAGCUCCCCAUUAUUGACUUGUCCUCCGACGAUCGCCUCUCCACUGCCCACCUUAUCCGCCAGGCAUGCGUUGACCAUGGUUUCUUUUAUAUUGUGAAUUAUGGGGUGGAGGAAGAAUUGCUCAAGAAAGUUUUUGAGCAGAGUAAGAAGUUUUUCUCACUCCCGGUUGAAGAGAAGAUGAAAUUGGCUGUCAAGAAUCACAGAGGUUAUACAGGGAUGUACCAAGAGAAACUCGAUACUUCUUUAAGUUCCAAAGGUGACUCGAAAGAAAGCUUCUAUAUUGGUCCACAAACAGAAAAUCACCUGAAUCAAUGGCCUUCUGAAGAAGAUCUACCAUCUUGGAGAAGCACAAUGGAGGCUUACCAUAAAAAAGUGCUGUCUGCUGGGACUAAGGUGAGUUCUUUAAUUGCCCUGGCUUUGAACUUGGAUGAAGAUUUCUUUGAAAAAUUGGGAGCAUUGAAUGAUCCACUGGUGUUUAUGCGCUUGUUACACUAUCCAGGGGAUGUGGACUCCUCUAAGGAAGAAAUGUAUGGUGCUUCUGCUCAUUCUGAUUAUGGAAUGAUCACUCUUCUGCUGACUGAUGGUGUUCCAGGGCUUCAGGUUUGCAGGGAGAAAUCCAAGCAACCACAGGUUUGGGAGGAUGUGCCAAGCAUAAGUGGGGCACUCAUUGUUAAUAUUGGGGACAUGAUGGAGAGGUGGUCUAAUUGUUUGUUCCGGUCAACACUGCACAGAGUGGUGCCAACAGGAGAACGCUACUCCGUGGCAUUCUUUGUAGAUCCCAACAAAGACUGUAUAGUGGAAUGCUUGGAAAGUUGCUGCAGUGAGUCUUGUCCCCCAAGAUUUCCACCCAUCCGUAGCUCAGACUACCUGCAAGAACGCUUUAGAGUUACAGCUACAGCUUCUGUUGAAAAUUAUCUGCUUUAGCUACAGUUAGUCGUCUCAAGCUUUCUGCUGCUAAAUAAGCUGCAGGCCCCAAUCAUGAUUGCAGUAACAUUAAGGACAGUUUAUUAUCUUCAAGUGAAGCAAAUGGAAUUUGCUUUCCUAGCUUGCUUGUUCUAUACAUGCAUUCUUACUUCCUAAUAAAUAUUAUAUUUUAGUUCCCUAUAUAUACUAAUUGAACUUUAUUUAUAAAUGUAGAUCACAUAUAAGUAUAUUUUAUUCUGUUUUAAAUUAA